AUGUCACCACAACAGUUGCAAGUAUUCCCAUUUGUAACGUCUGAUGUCAAGCUCAGCAUUUCCGAUGGACUAGUAUACGUCAAGAACAAAAGGUUAAACAACUGUAACUCUAAAAUCUUGUUUAGUUUCCCCAGAGGCGAGAUUUCUGAGCAGGAGAUUUACUUGAUAAACCUCCACCGGGGGAAACUCACCAGCCAUGGGAUUAAUGUCGACUCUCCCAAUAUGAAACUAGAGUUCACCGGUGAUGUAGUGCAUGUGGAGAUUCGCUAUGGUAUCAAGUAUAAUUGUGAUUUGGAAACCUGUGGAUCGCGUCCUGAAGUGCUAAACCGCGUAAAUUACUUGCUCACGGGUAUAAUUACCCCAUUUUCCACCCUGAAUGAAGAGAAGAUUGAUGUGAGGUAUGAGGAUGACGAAAUAAACCCUCUGUUGUUUUACAGAUCGGUGUCCGAACACACCAGUGAGAUGUCUCCAGUUAAUGAAAGUGAGUUUGACGAUAUACCUGAAUUAGAAACGAAAUUGUUCAAGUUCCAAAAGAAAUCGGUCAAAUGGUUGCUAAAUAUGGAGAAUGUCAAGUUGGUCAACAAUAGAAUUGAGAUGAUGGACUUUAUAACCAAGGAUACAAUCGACGUGUUUAACUCAGAAGAUGUUGAAGCAAUCGACGAACUAAUUUAUACUUUACUUAAUAAACUCAGUUUUGGAUGGAAGCGAGUCAAGAUUCAUUCAGAAGAAUACUUUUACAACUACCUUACACUUCAGGUGGUGACGCGACAGCAAGUAAUCUACUAUCUUGUGGGAAAUUUCAAUGAUAAUGUGCUACUACCAGCACAAGGACUUCUUACUGAAGAAAUGGGACUUGGAAAAACCGUGGAAAUAACAGCAUUGGCCCUUCUCAACCCGCGUCCCUUGGAUCAGGUCAACACCAUCAUGUCACUUCCACUAAACUCGUUUGGUGAUGUCAAGCCGGUUGUUCGUGCCAAAACAACUCUAGUCAUUGCCCCUGAUUCAAUCUUGAAGCAAUGGAUGUCAGAAAUUGUCCAGUUAGCACCUAGUUUGAGUGUUACCGAAUAUCGUGGUAUUAAUGGAUAUCCCAAGUUACUGAAUCGUGCCAAUGUUAUUGCAGAGUACUUGCGAAAGUUUGAUGUUGUAAUGACGACAUAUGCUACUAUUUCGAGAGAAUUGGAUUAUGCAAAGUAUUCAUCGAGAAACAAAAUCACUAGAAGUGGUACAAGAAGUUCACGAUCCGAUUCAAGCGAACAACAGAAAACUGAACUAAACGUCCCCGAUGAUACCAUCAAUGACUACAAAUCCCUCUUUCAGCUCCUGCUUACGUCGGUGCCACCUCGCAUCGCCAAUGUCAAGUCUGACCAUGGCCAAAGUGAAACCGACUACGAACGGGCACUUCAGGAUGAGAUUGCCUUGGCAAUAGCCCAUAAUCAACAACCACCGCAUUCCCCACAAGCAGAUUACGAAUCACCACUAAUGUUGACGCAAUUCUGGCGGGUGGUUUUAGAUGAAGUGCAAAUGGUGAGCAGCGUCUAUUCGCGGGCGUUCCAAAGCGCCAGUCUCAUCCCACGGUUUCAUGCAUGGGGUGUAAGUGGUACUCCCAUUAAGAAGAACUGCGAUGACCUUCAUCUGACAUUGCAGUUCUUGAAGUACUCUCCGUUUAUUGGCGAUUUAGGGCGGUGGAAUUGGGACCGGUUGACCAACAUCGAGUUUGUCAGAUUGUGGAACCGGAUUUCACUUCGACACACCAAGGCUAUGGUGCACGAUGAUAUUAAAUUGCCAACCCAGCACCGAAUCUUGCUCACGAUUCCAUUCACGCCGAUCGAGCAGGACUUCUAUAAUCAGCGGUUUGAGGAGUGUUUGAGUAAUAUCGGGUUGAACGCGGCUGGUGAGCCCAUGUCGUCGGACUGGGAACCGACGCCGUUGAUUUUGCAAUAUAUGCGCAUAUGGCUAAUUCGGCUUCGUCAAGUGUGCAGUUCACCACAGAUUGGAUUGUUAAAUAUUGGUCUGAAGAAGUAUAAGCGGACAAAUAUCCGAGUUAAACUGAACAAUUUCAUGGUUCAAUUGACGACAUUGGAGAACUUACUAGAUGAUAUGUUGUACCGGGCCUAUGGAGAUAUUGCCGAGGGCGAAAAGGGCAAUGUGAUGGUGUGUUUGGAGCUCGGAGAGUUGUUUGAGUUUGUGUAUAUGCCCGAAGUUGCCAGAAAGGUGUUGGUUGCCGGUGUAGACGAAACCAAGCGGGUGAUACAUGGGGUCAAGUUGAUUUUGGGCAAGUAUAUUGAAGAGUAUAAACAGAAGCGAGUCAAGACUGAAGGGGAAGAGAUUAGCGAUGAUGAUGAAAUUGGUAUGACUAGUUCUAAUGAUGACGAGUUGUCGAAAUUGGAAGACAUAAUCCGAGGAACGAGAUUGAAACUAAGGAACUGGUAUGUUAUAUUGCACAAGUUUUAUUUUCUUAUUGCGUGUUCGUAUUUCCAAACUUAUGAUGAAGAGUUUCAAAAACUUAUUGAGAAGUAUAAAGUUGAUUUAGACAUUCUGGAUGGUUUAGUUAAAGAAAUGGUCCAUUUUGAUAGCGCCAGGUCAAACGAGCUAGCAUCGUUAGUUAAUGGAGUCGAUGAAUCGGAAUUCAAAUUUGAAGAUGUUUCAAUCGAACCACCACCAGAUACCGAGGAAAACCCCAUGAAGUACUGCGAAUCGAAGUACUACGACCUUGCUGAAUCCACCAGAGGAGAAAUCCUUGCAUCGUCAGGAAUCGUCGUAUCACGAGCCAUAGCACAAAGAAUAACCAGUCGUGAACAGUUUAUCCCCACUGAAGACAACGGAACUACUCUUCUACCACGAACCACCAAGAAGUUCUUCAAGAACAUCCCUUUGAUCAGCACUCUGUUCCUGGGAUACGCUAUGACUUUUACAGUGCAGCUGUAUGUCGAUAAACUCGCGCGCUUGUGUCAAUCGCUCAAUAAUCAGGCGAUGGUGAUAAAUCAAUGGAUGGAUGAGCUCGUGGAGAUUCUUUGUCGACCAUUGCUCAGUCAAGACCAGGACCCGCUGGGGAAUGAAUAUGAAGAGACGAUCAAGGAUCAGGACAAGAUUAGCGGGUACCUUCACGUGCUCGGGUCCAUGCUUGGCGAUCGGAGUAACUGUGUCAAUAGUGAUGGGGUGAGGGAUAUCAUAGGUGGUGAUACCACUGACGAUUUGUUUGUUGCUGAGCUUGAAAAGAGACGUCGUGAGGUGAGGCCAGAUAUCAAGACAUCGUUACUGGAGUUGGUCACUGAGAUCAACACUUUGGACGACACAAAUGACUUGCAAACGGAACUAGUACAACAGUUGAGUGAUCGAGUAAGAACAAUUUACGACAAUCAGAAACUCGCCCUUGUGUUAAUCGCCAAAGAACUUAAUGUGAAUUGUAAUGCUAUUUUCAAUACGAGAAUCGACUAUUAUAAACAACUUCAACAGAUUUCCGACACGGUUAAACCUGUGGACUUCCCCAUGAUGAUAAGAACAAACCUUGACGAGACGGUCAUAUUGGAACAGUUGAUUGGGUAUGAACGAUUAAAGAAGCUGAUCUCGAUCAAGAUGGGCAAAGCCGUGGCCAAGUUUAGAUACUUGAGUGGAUUAGUCGCGGGACGCACCAACGAAGAAGAGGAACUCAUGUGUAUAAUCUGUCGCAGCGCCAUCACCAUUGGCUCGCUUACUCAGUGUGGACACAAGUACUGUAAGGAGUGUCUUGAGCAUUGGUUGCGCAACAGCCACACUUGUCCCAUGUGCAAGACCAUGAUUAGCAGCUCCACGAUUUACAAUUUCACCCAUUACAAGCCCGACUUGAAAGUUAAACAGGAGGAUAAUAACCAUGCGGCUAAUGCUGCUGCUCAUGACGAAACGCUCCAUUCGAUUUAUAAACCGCUUGAUGCCAAGAUCAUUGAGGAGAUAUCGCACAUCCAGUUGAAGUCAACGUAUAGUUCCAAAGUGGAUAUGAUUGUGCGACAAGUGCUCUAUUUGAAAUCGCGGGAUCCGCAUGUACAGAUUGUUAUAUUCAGUCAGUGGCAGGACAUGCUCUACAUUCUAGGGUGUGCGUUCAAGGCGUGUGACAUUUCCUACCUUGGCUCGUACGGGACAUUGACUCCUGAGUCUGGAGUUGUAGGUCGUCGUGUGAAGAAGCAAGACUCGGUGGAGUUGUUUAAGAAUGACAACAGCAUUACAUGCUUCUUGUUGAAUGCCAAGGCGCAAGCGAGUGGGUUGACGUUGGUCAACGCCACCCAUAUCUUUCUCUGCGAACCGUUGGUUAAUACCAGUUUGGAAUUGCAGGCCAUUUCGAGAAUUCAUCGGAUUGGCCAGACCAAGAUGACAACGGUAUGGAUGUUUGCUAUUGAAGGGACUGUCGAGGAGAGUAUUGUGAUUAUGUCGACCAAGAAGAGAUUAAAGUAUAUGAGUUUGAACCCCAGUCCCACUGACAGUGUGGAUAUCGAGAAUGUUGAGAAUGAUGAGAAUGUUGAAAACACUGGUGAUUCAAUCAACGGGGUGAUUGCUCAGGAGAAGGAUCUCAGCAAAGCAGACUCACUUACGUUAAUGGAGAGUGGUGGGAUGGAUACCCUUGUGAACAAGGGCAUGACUCAAGGAGAGUCAGUUACGAAUCUCGAUCUCUGGCUGGCAUUUUUCAGUAAAAACUAAAUAGGACUAUAUAAGCUUAUAAACAAAGGUAACCCGAAUCCUCAUACCCGUUAAACACUCUUCCUUGUUCCAUCAACUCUUGACAGUACUUGUUGGCUUCUUCUGGGGUGAUGUUCAAUCUCUGGCCGAUAUAAGUCACCGGAACACCUUCGGCCAUGGCCUGACUGUUUUCCUGCAAGAUCUUAAACACCUGGUCAAUCAUGGAGGCACCGGCAUUGCCAGUGGUGUUGGUGUUGUUGUUGUUGUUGUAGUUUUCACCGACAAACAAGCUUUGUUCGUUCUUAGUGGAGGACAGAGGCACGCCUUGCGCUUUCAAAUGGGUGUGGAUAGCAGCCAAGUGGUGGUACACGACUUGGUUGGAGUCGGUGACUUGGUGUAUACCUGAGUAUUGGAGCGAGGUCUUGCCAUUGAAUGCCUUCAAGGACCCGCCCACACACACAUACGUGUUUAACCAGCCAGCAUACCUUUCUUCUUCAGCGUCCUUGGAGGUUUGGUCGCUAUUUAUCCAUUUCCGGAUCUCAGUCAGCCCUGUGCCGUCUUCGAUGGUGAACGAGAUGGCGGAUUCGAAAGCGGUGAUCUUGCGGAUAAUACCAACGAAACUGACCAUGUUUAAUUCCAUGUUGUUGACGUGGAAAGGUCCAUCAGGGACUGGUUGCGUGGACUCGUUGAUUUGCUUAAUUGUCACGGGUGUGAGAGAGGAACGGACUGCGGCGGAGUUGGCGCCGGCAGAAACUGGCUGGGAACCAGUUGUAGUGGUGGAAGUGGAGAAUCCACCGUGUUCGUAUCCGCCGUAGUAAUCAGACAUUGUAAACUGUGUUGUAGAAAGAGUAAGUUACUUUUAUAAAUAAAGAAAGAC